UAGGUUAGUCAUUUCAUAAACACAAGACAUGGAGUCUAGACGGGGUUUCAUCUCAGUGUUGGUUUCGAUAGCUUUACUCAGUGACGUGCACUGUCUUACUGUUAAAACCAGUGUAGGUGACAUAAUAGGCUUUGAGGAUACCUGGCGGGACAAGUUACUCUACAAGUUCCGUGGAAUACCAUACGCGGAAGCCCCGGUCGGAGAGCUACGCUUCAGCCCUCCCGUUCCAAAGGCACCAUUUACCGAACCGUUCAAUGCAGACCGAUUUGGCAAAUCUUGUCCACAAGACAAGAUAUGGCUCGCCGGAUUAAUGUACAGUUCUGAAGAGAAAGACCUGAACGAGAGUGAAGACUGUUUAAGUUUGAAUAUCUACGUCCCCAGCGGAGGCGAGGAAAAAAAAGCCGUUAUGGUUUGGAUCCAUGGUGGUGCUUUCACCGUAGGCGCCAGCUUGCAAUAUGAUGGAUCCAAGAUGGCCGCCGCUGGUGACGUUAUUGUUGUGACUAUAAACUAUCGACUGGCCCUACUUGGUUUGUUUACAACUGAUGACGACGACGAUGAUAUUGCUGGAAAUCAACUGCUUCUUGAUCAACAGCUAGCUCUCAAAUGGGUGCAGAAGAACAUUAAUGCUUUUGGUGGCGACAAGGACAGGGUGACGAUAUUUGGCGAAUCCGCGGGAGGUGCAUCAGUGACUUGGCAAAUGCUUGCACCCAGCAACAAGGGACUGUUUCAGCGUGUCAUUGCUGAAAGUGGGACGCCUUUAUCUCCAUGGUCAUUCCCCGACCCUAAAACUGCAGAUGAAUACCAGAAGGGUUUUGUAGAGAAGGUCGGCUGUUCAAACGAAGAUUCAAACAAAGUCGUUUCCUGCCUACGUGCACUGCCCGCUCAGGAAUUCAGUGCUUCUUUCCAUGCAUACCCACAUGGUGAACUCAACUCAGCCUUCCCGACUGGACCCCGUGUUGAUGGAUCUCAUAUUCCCUUUUCACCCAAAUCAAGAGUACCCGGGGAACGUAUGGAAGACCAACGUUUCUUCGAAUCGUUAGACUUCCUCUUGGGAGCUGUGAAGUAUGAAGGAUCACCCCUUGUCACCGGAUUGUCCGAGCCCGUCUAUAAGGAGAAGACGAACAAGAGUCUCUAUGAUGGGGUACCCAUGGAAGCAUUCCAAUACGAGGUUGAGCGCUGGGGGGUAGGGGACGGAGCUGUCACAAAAGACGUAGCCAAAGCCCUAUGGUGGCUGUACGGCACAUCAGAAAAUGGUAUCACCGAUGGCCUGAUGUCGCUAAAGGGAUUUAUGGAAUACAUAGGAGAUGCUUUUUUUUACGACGGCAUCGGUAAGUUCGUGAGGCGACAUGCAUCUGAUGACGCUGCGACUACCGGCUCGACAUACCUGUACAGCUUUCUCCCAAUGCACACUAACAAGGUAGGGACUGUUGCUAAUAUGUUGGAGGUCGAACCGUGUGUUGAUGGUGCAAUCCAUUGCAGCGAACUCAGCUUUCUAUUUGGCAGAACGGAAUCUAUGGAGAAUGAGGAAAGGAUGGACGAGGGAGAAAAUGAACUUUCUGAUGGACUGAUUACCUACUGGACAAACUUUGCAAAAACAGGAAACCCCAACAAGCCGGUUCAAGUUCCACACCAGUGGCCAGAGUACAAUCUUGGAGAAGAGAAGUUUAUGGAAUUUGACAUCGUAGAUAAGCAAGCCGACUACAAAACCCAGGCUUUCUAUCGAAACAAAUAUGCCAGUUUCUGGGCUGAUAUCUUACCGAAUAUACAACGAACCGUGAAGAAUACGAGUGGAAUCAACCAAAUGGGAGACUCCCAUGGGGGUCAAAGCAAUGUUAAGACAGAAUUGUAAACCAAUGUUUGUCUGAUCAAAAUAAAAUUGGCAGAGACAAAUUAUUCAAAGACAUACCGGAUAUUUAGAAGUAACAGUUUAUAAACAUUCCACUCACUUGAACUUGAAAACAUGUUUCUUUGUUAGCUCACUCAAUAGGGCAGAGAACUAUAGCUCUAUCUGCCCUUCCUACCCACCCAAAAACACGUUUUAUUUUGUUCUCUUCAUUAGAGGCAUUUGUUGUUGACAUCCAUUGGUACGCCUUGACGGCUACCACGACCACAUCACAUGUAGAUACAGUGGUCGCUCGUGAAAAUGGAGAUCGAUAAAUUGAUCUUAAGAAGGCUGUCCUCAUACGUGACUGGCCAAUUCUCGCAGUGACUGAUCAGUCGAGUUUAAGGUUCCAGGUAGAAAUUGUGUUAUGGAAAAGUGGUCCUAAAGAUGCAGGGGGCAUCUCGGUCAGGCAAACCGUGUGGUAUCGAAUAGCAGAUGAAAUUGCCCCGUAUUCAAUAUUUAAAGAGAUUCGGUGCUAAACGCCCCAUGUCCAUUUUCACCACUUAGUUAUUCAGGAAGCAAUGAUAUACACCAUCAAAUACAUGUAUGUUGUGCCGACAACAUUUCUUGGAAUACAGACCAAUAACAUUUGGGGAAAUGAACGGAUUUUCUUUUCUGAGAAAAUCUGCGUCGUUUUCUGAGUGACACCUGCAUGUCGAUUUUCUCCAAGUAUUGCGCCGUAGGGCAUAUAUUCCUCAGUAUAGUUACAUGUACGUGUACAUAUUACUUAUGCGAUUACAUUGCCUUUAGCGUGUAUCGCUAGAGUAUAGAUGCAUAGAACUCUACACACCUCGAUAGGACAUGUGUCUAGCUGUUUAGUAGGUGCUGAGCCAAGCAGUGUUGAAAAACCCUCAACUUAGUUAAAACAGCUGUCUUAAAAUCUACGUGUUCGUCAAAUACUAAAAAACAUGGAGUUUGGCCUUUAGAAUCCUAGUUUUGCUCCUGCUUUGCAGUCAAUGAUCGACCAUACACCAUGUCUACAGUAAAUGAUGAAUAAAUGCAUAUUUGUAGCAAUUCCUCGUUA